AUGCUAAAAAGGGAGAUGAAGCCGGAAAAUGAGAGACCGCGGAGAGUCCGAUUUCGGAUCGCAUCAUCUCACAGUGGGCGCGUUCUGAAGGAAGUGUAUGAAGAUGGACAACCCUCAGGCUCCCUGGAUUCGGAAUGUGCCAGUAUCUGUGGGAUAGAUGGACUAAGCGAUUCUGAUGGACAUCAAAAUGGCCACAUAGAAUCUGAAGGUGAUGAACAUGAGAAUGACCAGGAUAACUUGCUGGUGUUAGCAAGGGCUGCCAGUGAGAAGGGCUUUGGUACAAGAAGAGUCAACAUUUUAAGUAAAAAUGGCACAGUGAGAGGCGUCAAAUACAAAGUGAGUGCUGGGCAAGCCCUGUUUAACAAUUUGACCAAAGUACUACAGCAACCUUCGGCUGACCUAGAGUUUGACCGUGUAGUGAUUUAUACCACUUGCCUGCGUGUGGUAAGGACAACCUUCGAAAGAUGUGAACUCGUUAGAAAGAUCUUCCAAAACCAUCGAGUAAAAUUUGAAGAGAAAAACAUUGCUCUGAAUGGUGAAUAUGGAAAAGAGUUAGAUGAGCGAUGCCGUCGAGUCUCCGAAGCUCCUUCUCUCCCUGUUGUGUUCAUUGAUGGCCAUUAUCUUGGGGGUGCUGAGAAAAUUUUGUCAAUGAAUGAAUCAGGAGAACUGCAAGACCUCUUAACCAAAAUUGAGAGAGUGCAGCAUCCACACGAGUGUCCCACUUGCGGAGGCUUUGGUUUCCUUCCCUGCUCCGUGUGCCAUGGGAGCAAGAUGUCAGUGUUUCGAAACUGCUUUACGGACUCUUUCAAAGCCCUGAAGUGUACAGCUUGCAACGAGAACGGCCUUCAGCGUUGUAAGAACUGUGCUGGUUAG